GCUGUUUUCGUUCAUUCUCCCUUCACCGCCAAUUCACCGGAAUAAACUCUGACCUGUGACGUCAAACCUGAGGUCAUUUGUUUUAAUCGGCAAACGUUUAACUAUCCGGCAAUUUUUGAUUACCCGAUGCAUUAUUAAACAAAAAACAAUGGAUGGUCUACAAAUGAAAUAGUUAGUCGAGCGCAUUUGAAUACUCCACUGAAAGAAAUAAAAUGGCUGAACUGAACUCAGCCCUCACAAAAGAAGGCUGGAACCUUACAGAUGAAGGAAUAGAGGAGUUGAAAGGCACUUCUGAGAAAUUCUCAGCUAAUGACAUUAUUCGCAUUGCACUAAAUACUGACCUGAGGCCUAUUGGCAGGAAGUUUCUCCCUGCUGACAUCAACAGUGGCCGAGUCGAGAAGGUAGAGGGGCCAUGUGUGCUGCAGGUCCAGAAGGUGAGGAACGUCUCGGCCCCCAAGGACAACGAGGAGUCACAGGGAGCCCCAAGAAUGCUGCGUCUGCAGAUGACGGAUGGACACACCAACGCCGUGGGCCUCGAGUUCAAACCUCUCCCCAGGAUCAGUCUGAACACCCCUCCAGGAACCAAGGUGAAGCUUAUUGGUACAGUCCAGGUAAAAAAUGGUAUUCUGCUGCUGGACGAUUCCAAGAUAGCUGUCCUAGGAGGGGAGGUCGACCACAUGGUGGAGAAGUGGGAACUGCAGAGGAGCUUGGCCAAACACAACAGAAGUAACAUUGGAAGAGAGGGUGGCGCCCCCCCCUUUGUGCCCUUUGGACAGAAGUGUGUGAAGAACCAGGAAGUGGACUCCAGAGAGCUGGACGCCAGGAAAACUCUUGUCAGCACCAGUGUGGCAAAGACUGCUGAAGAGAACGAGGACUUUGAGAAGCAGAGGCUAGCAGCUAUCGCUGAGGUCGCCAAGAACAAAGAGGGAACGCGUACAUUUGGCGGCGGAGGCAACGCGGGGGGGAACCUUGCCAGCACGGGGGGGCGGGACAACUACAGACGAGGAGACCGAGGGGACAGGGACUCCUACCGGCACCGACGAGAGGACCGGACGGACAGAACCGAGGAGUCCAGCAGACCAGAAGGCAGCUACAGAGACAGUUACCGGGAGCAGGGGAACUACCGGGAGCUGGUUGAUGAGCGGGCACUCCGGGACAUUAUGGAGAUGGGGUUUGAUAAGGAGGAGGCGCGUCGGGCCCUGAUGGACAGCAACAACGGACUGGAGGUGGCGCUCAACAGCCUCCUGACGGGGGCCUUCAAACCCCCCCCACCCCUCGAGGAACCCAGCCGACCCCCGCCGAGAGACAGAGGAAGGGGUCGCGGCCGGGGUCGAGGAAGGUCCAGCCGUUUUGGGGGAGAGGACGAGGAGGAGGGCUCGGGAGGACGGCCGUCCGGGCCCAGCACGCUCUUCGACUUCCUGGAAUCCAAGAUGGGAAGCUUCUCAAUACAAGAGCAAAAGAGCCAGCAGGAGGGCAAGAUGACGUUCCCCCCAAAUGACCAGUGCCAGUCCCGCUACCCCCAACGCAACGACCGGUCGGACGGAAAGAACAGCUCAAGGAAUGACCGACCGAGAAAUGAGAAGAGCGACCGGAACGACAGGUCACGGAACGAUCGGAAUGACUGGUCCCGGAACGACAGGGCCGAUCGUAACGACAAGCCCCCGCGCUUCCAACGAGAAGACUUCCCAAAACCUGGGGAAUCGUUCGCCCCAGCCCCGACCGCUGCUCCAGCCCAACAGUGGGGUCAGAGGGGCCAGGAAAGGAGCCUGACCCAGGAGAAGGCGCCCCGUGGAGGGGGUGAAGGAUCCGAAAGGUGGCGGGAGGCCCAGAACGAGAGGCAAGCUGUCAGGGAGGCCAGGGGGCAGUCCUCUGUGUUCUGCCCCGCCACUUACCCGGCCGCUGGCCAACGGAACCGAGAACCCAAGGACCGAACCCAGGAAUCCUCUGGAACCUUCCAGCUGGGAUUCCGAGUCGGUUCUGGUUCUGGGACUUUCCAGCAGGGCUUUAGAGAUGGAGGUUCUAGUUCUGGAGGGUUCCAGAGCCAAAGUCAGAGAGAGCAACACUCUGGUCCUGAUGUGUCAUCAGUUAAGAGAGGAGGUGUGAGGCAUGACAAUGGGCCUGCUGCCCCGCCCUCCAAACCCGGCCCGCACCAGACGGAUUCCACCAACAGUGUACCAGAACCUAAAGGGGUCCUGAGGUCCAACAGCAGAGCAUACAACAGAGCGGAGCCCAUCAGCCGACGGAGAGGAGGGUCAAAGUUCGACAGGGACCGACCCAACUCGGUGAACUUCGACCGUUACCAGGACAACGGGCCGUUGAACUGUAGUAACUCGUGGGGUGGGAGGGACUCGGCCGAGUCAGGGACGCAAGACUGGGCCGUUUCCCGCUCUGACUCCCGUGGUGACUCUCGUCCAAUGAAAAGCCAGGUGGGCGGUGGCACUGGCCCAGGGCCACACCUCCAGAAUGGUGACUCGUCAACAGAACACAAAAGGACGGGGCCAAUCAAACAACAGUGCUCUUCUUCUGGCACCACCUCCAAGGAGGAGACCCAAAACCGGAACAGCACUAACUCGGCUUAUAACAACGGCAACUCAGCCCCCAAGAAGAGGUCAGGGCAGAUAAAAGGGCAACGGACAGACCAGGGUCACAAGGGUCAGGGUCAGGAACCCGCAGCGCCUCCAGGCGUGGGGAACUUGAAGGCAGGAGACCAGGUUCUGGCUCUCUACUGGGAAGACAACAAGUUCUAUAAGGCCAGGAUAGAUGCUGUGCAUCCCUCUGGCUCCACGGCGGUGGUCGUCUUCACAGACUAUGGAAACUGCGAGGAGGUCCUUCUGCACAACAUCAAACCUGUCAGCGUGGACUUCUGGGAAGAGGAGGGCUUAGAGUACCGGCGUGGGGGAGACGGGCAGCCUAGGAGCAACACCAGGACACGACCCACGGUCCAGUAUUACCAACCGCCCCGGGCCAGACCCGGCACCGACUGACCAGCCCACCCACUGGCUACGUGAAUGAUCACAGACGUCAACUAAACUGGCCCGACAACUCACCAAUCACAGCUCAAACAAAUCCUGCGUCCCAAAAGACACCCCUUUUUCCUACUCGAGUGCGCAACUUUUUACUAGGGCCCGAGGUGGGAAAGUUUAGAGCAACGUGUCGAGAAAUAAGGGUGUCAUUUUGGACACAUUCCAACUCUCCUCUUCACAAAUACACGAGGAAGACUCUUUAUCCUUUGCUACUGGGCUGUCCACAGCAGGAACUGUACAACGUUCAGACAAAAGGGCUUGUUGCACCUAGAGGCUGAAACCAAGAUGGACUUCAGCUGACUGUCUUUGGAAUCUGCAAGGUUGCUGUGCAUGGUGAAGAUUUGUAGUUGGAUUCUGAUGCCAGUAAUAAUAAAAUAAAAACAAUUGCUGCUUC